AUGGAUAUUCAUCAAAGUCAUAAAUAAGAUGCUCAAAAUAUAGCAGAUGGCGUAGAAUCCCAUGCAAUCAAUGAGGAAGUGAAAUAUGAGAAUCCUUACAAUAAAAAUCAGUCAGAUGGCAGAACUUCAUUUACAUCUCAGUAUAGUGACUCAGAAAGUAUUGAUUGUUAAAGUGACUCUGCCUCAGAUAUUGAGAGUGGAAGUGAAAAUGAAAAUGAAGAAUUUAAAGAAGGUCAAAAGAAAAGAAGAAAGAAGAAGUAAAGUAGAUCUUUCUCAUUCACAACUCUAACUGAUGAAUAAAAAGGCAAGAUAAUUUCAGAUGAAAAUAUUGAAGAGACAAAAGUCGGCUUUGGGGUUGUUCGUAAAUAUGUCUAGUACUUAGGAGGCUGGAAGAUUGUUGUAUUGCUAUUUUUCAUAUUUGUGAUAUUCACUGUAGUAAGAGUACUUGCUGAUUUGCAAAUUGAUCUUGGCUUGCUUCUAAAAAAAUUCAUAAAGACAUGA